AUGGAGCCGCUCGGGGGCCCCGGGGAAGCCCCGGAGGCGGAACUUGAAUUCCUCCGUUUCGGGUGUCUGCGCAGCUUCCGCUGCGGCGCCAGCUCCGUCAACUCCCUCCUCUUCUUCGGAGAUGCAGAUCAUCUUCUAGCUGGCGCUUCGGACAAAACUAUUUACCUUUUGGGCGCGCAGCACGGAGUGCUGCAUGAGUACAAGGGCAAGCAGCUGCUGCUGCUGCUGCUGCUGCUGCUGUUGCUGCUGCUGCUGCUGCAGGUUGCUGCUGUUGCGGCUGCGCAGCAGCGGAGGGCCCCCUGUGCUGCAGCAGCAGGUCGCUGCUGCGGGUGUGCAGCAGCAGAGUGCCCCUUGCUGCUGCGGCUGCGCAGCAGCAGGGUGCCCCCUGCUGCAGCAGCAAGUUGCUGCUGCCGCUGCGCUGCAGCAGAGCAUUCUAUGGGAUGUGACCACUGGUCUCGCUCUUCGGCAGUUCCCGAGGACUGCGCCGAUAAACGCGUGUCUGCUGCGGGCCUCGCCGAGCCCGCUGAGCCACUUGGCAGCUUUGGGGGACUCCGACGGACUUGUGCGACUUUUCGACAUAAGGGGGGGGGGCCGGCGUUUUGGCUACGUGCAGGUGUUGGCGGACGCGAAAGACGCGAUUUCGAGCAUCGUGGCGGCGCGGGAACGCCUCAUCGUGGCUUCCCUCGACGGCUGCGUGUACACCUACGACCUGCGCAAGGGCGCUCUGCAUGUCGACUGCUACGGAAGUCCAAUAACUUGCAUGUCUUUGUCUGCGGAGGAGACUUUGCUGCUGCUGUCUUGCGUGGACGCGAGCCUGCGGCUGGCGGAAGUGACCUCGGGGGAAACUUUGCAUGCGUUUUGGGGUCACUUGCAUUCUUCUUGUGGGGCUUUUCGCAUGCAAAGUUGCUUCUUUGCUGCUGCUCUCCCGCUGCCGCCUCCGGGCGCAGCAGCGGGGCUCGAAGACGGCUGCAUAUAUUUCUGGGAUGUCUUAGCAGCAGCAAGGGGGGGGCCCCCCGGGGGGCCCCCCGGGGGGCCCCCCGGUUUCUGGGGGCCCUUCAAGAAGGGGUCCAUGGGAAAGCCCAUGAGGCCCCAGCACUUGUAGUCAAAAGCGAUUUGCUGUCGCAGCGGCUUUGCACAGCAGCAACAGAUGGCACAGUGAAGUUGUGGCGGCAGCUCUGA